AUCCUGACUAGUCCGCCAGCCCCUGCCGCUGAAAAACAUCCCCACAGCAUGAUGCUUCCACCACCAUGCUUCACCUUAGGGGUGGUAUUGGCCAGGUGAUGAGCGGUGCCUGGUUUCCUCCAGACGUCUCCCAUCUCCACAGAGGAACUCUGGGGAUAUGUCAGAGUGACCAUCGGGUUCUUGGUCACAUCCCUGACCAAGGCCCUUCACCCCGAUUGCUCAGUUUGGCAGGGCGGCCAGCUCUAGGAAGGGUCUUGGUGGUUCCAAACUUCUUCCAUUUAAGAAUGAUGGAGGCCACUGUGGUCUUGGGGACCUUCAAUGCUGCAGACAUUUUUUGGUACCAUUUACCAGAUCUGUGCCUCCACACAAUCCUGUCUCGGCGCUCUACGGUCAAUUCCUUCGACCUCAUGGUUUAUUUUUUUUUCUCUAACAUGCACUGUCAACUGUGAGAUCUUAUAUAGACAGGUGUGUGCCUUUCCAAAUCAUGUCCAAUUGAUUGAAUUUCCCACAGGUGGACUCCAAUCAAGUUGUAGAAACAUCUCAAGGAUGAUCAAUGUAAAGAGGAUGCACCUGAGCUCAAUUUCGAGUCUCAUUGCAAAGGGUCAGAAUACUUAUGUAAAUAAGAUCACCCAAAGACAACAUGAAGCUGGAGCUGCUGGUGGUGUUGGCUGUAGCAGCCCUGGUUCCCAGCCUGUCUGUGGGGUUGCUUCUCUCCAAAUGUGAGCUGAAGCCCAAACUGACAGAGGCUGCUGACCAAUUCAAUCUGACUGAGAAAAUUGCAGCAAAGGGAGUCGAACUGGACAACACCUUGGCCAAAAUUAUCUGCAGUUUGGACCUAAAGUCUGGUUUAAACACCAGCCUUGUGACCAACCUUGUCCUGCGCAAACCUUUCCUGCAUAAAUCCAAAAGGCGCCCCAUCAGCAGGAGACCUGUGAGACUGUUUGGGCACAAACGUCCAGGUAGAGAUGUUGAGUCAAAGGAAGAUCGAGUCAGUUCUGAGGGAGAAGAGGACAAACCUAGACCUACAGGAAAGCCUGGGGGAAUGAAACCCAAACCUACCGGGAAAACAGAGAGAGUGAGUCCAAGGUCAGAGAGGCCCGAAGGGAAGAGGACGAGACCAGGGAGUCCCGCGAUAGGAAGGAACAAGCGUGAGGCUGAGGAGUCGGCUGGUGAUAAGGAAGAACAUGACAAAGUUGAGGCACAAGAAAGCAAAGCGGCUGAGGUCGAAGAGUUUUGCGGCUAUGAGGAUGAGGGUGAUGAAGACGAGGUUGACGAGGAUGAGCUAGACGAGGAGAACCUGGAAGAGUUAGAGGCGGAGCUGGACGAGCAAGUAGGAGAGGAACCGAAAGAGAGAGAGGGGAACAGGAAGAAGAGAUACAUCCCAAAGCAGUUCAGAGGUCCCGGACAGAGCCGCAACCCACUUCGACAUAAGUCGAAGCGCAAGCCAUUCAAGCCGAUCAAGACCCUGUCCUUCAGCUUUUUCGGUCUCUUCCAGCUGAGCAAUCGCCUCGCCUGCGUCUCCUCCAACACCACUCGCUCUCUCAAUCUCUGUAAGACAGAGUGCAGCUCCUUCGUUGAUGAUGACAUCCGUGAUGACAUUGCCUGCUUUGUGAAGUCUCGUGCCUGGAUGAAGGCUCUGAAGUUCCCAUGGAAAUGUGCCAUGCUGCAAGCCUCUGAGUACUUUGAGUGUGACCAACCACUUAACAGUACUAUGAGUACUUUGAGUGUGACCAACCACUUAACAGUACUAUGAGUACCUUGAGUGUGACCAACCACUUAACAGUACAAUGAGUACUUUGAGUGUGACCAACCACUUAACAGUACUAUGAGUACCUUGAGUGUGACCAACCACUUAACAGUACUAUGAGUACUUUGAGUGUGACCAACCACUUAACAGUACUAUGAGUACUUUGAGUGUGACCAACCACUUAACAGUACUAUGAGUACUUUGAGUGUGACCAACCACUUAACAGUACUAUGAGUACUUUGAGUGUGACCAACCACUUAACAGUACUAUGAGUACUUUGAGUGUGACCAACCACUUAACAGUACUAUGAGUACUUUGAGUGUGACCAACCACUUAACAGUACUAUGAGUACUUUGAGUGUGACCAACCACUUAACAGUACUAUGAGUAUUUUGCAAACAACUGUUUAACAGAGAUUUUCCUUCUUUCUCUCAACUCUCAUCUUCUGCUAUAAGCUCCACAAAUAUGCUACUUUCUAUUACCUCUAGAUGGCGUGCUAGGAAUUAUUUGAGCCGUUAUCCCUUAUGUUGGGACAACAAGUGCCUCCUACAGACAUUAGGCAACAUCAUCAUAUUCUCCUUCAACUGUCCAACUACCACGAGUAAGGAAGUUAAAUCUAACAGAUGCCAUUUUGUUGAAAAUCUCCUUUGUUGCUUGGUAACAACAUUUCCUUCUUUCACAAACAAAAAUACAUAAAAUUAUCAUAAAGAC